GAUGCCGUGGGAUGUGUUUUCCCAAACUGCUGCCGGUUCUUCACCAGUAUGCAUGAGCGAGUGAACCGAACAGAAAGGCAAUUUCGAUCACUUCCAGCUAAUCAGCAGAAACUACUUCCUCAGUUUCUUCUUCACUUGGACAAGAUCCGGAAAUGCAUUGAUCAUAAUCAAGAAAUACUGCUGACCAUUGUGAAUGAUUGCAUACACAUGUUUGAAAAUAAAGAGUAUGGAGAAGAUGGGAAUGGAAAGAUUAUGCCAGCAUCUACAUUUGACAUGGAUAAAUUAAAAUCCACACUGAAACAGUUUGUAAGAGACUGGAGUGAAACUGGGAAAGCAGAACGGGAUGCCUGUUACCAGCCAAUCAUUAAAGAAAUUUUAAAAAAUUUUCCAAAAGAGAGAUGGGAUCCUUCUAAAAUAAAUAUUCUGGUUCCUGGUGCUGGACUAGGAAGACUGGCCUGGGAAAUAGCUAUGCUAGGUUAUGCUUGUCAAGGAAAUGAAUGGAGUUUUUUUAUGCUCUUUUCUUCCAACUUUGUACUCAACAGAUGUUCUGAAAUUAAUAAAUAUAAACUCUAUCCCUGGAUCCAUCAGUUUAGCAAUAACCGGAGAUCAGCUGAUCAGAUUCGACCCAUCUUUUUCCCUGAUGUUGACCCCCACAGUCUUCCUCCUGGUUCUAACUUUUCUAUGACAGCAGGAGAUUUUCAGGAGAUUUAUUCAGAAUGCAAUACCUGGGACUGUAUUGCUACCUGUUUCUUCAUAGACACAGCUCACAAUGUAAUUGAUUAUAUUGAUACAAUAUGGAAAAUUCUCAAGCCAGGUGGAAUUUGGAUAAAUCUAGGUCCUCUCCUGUACCACUUUGAAAAUUUGGCAAAUGAACUUUCCAUAGAAUUGAGCUAUGAGGAUAUAAAAAAUGUCGUUCUUCAGUACGGAUUCCAGGUAGAGGUAAGGGAGGAAUGAAGUGUUGACACAAUUUUAACUUCCUAUGCACUUAAACAGGAUUGAUGACGUUAUGGCAGUUACUGACUUCUUAAUCUCUUUGUUUUCUCAUCCAUAAAGUAAAGAUAAUAUUAGCUUUCAGAAUUGUAAGGAUUUCAGAUGAUGUGUAUGUAAAAGGA